AUGCCGGAGCACGCAGACGAGGAAUUGUCGAAGCGACUGCUCAGUCACACCAUGGCCCACGCCCAUCUCCAUGAUAAUCACUCUCAGCAGCAGCCAACUCCUGCCGCCGACGGACACCAUUCCCACUCCCCGGCCCUGGGGUCUGGUUCCUUAGGCAGCGCGCACGUCCAUAGCGAGCUACUCCGCCAUAAUCACGAACACGACGGCUCACUAAGGAGUGAGUAUCGCACGCAACGCGAUGGCGAUGCCGACAACAUCAACAUGAUGCACACCACCUCCAAACAUGCCGACAUGACUGUUGCGCCCUUCCUCUCCAAACACAUCCCCAUGCAAUACAACCCCAUCAACGGCUCCGAUUCCACCAACUCUCGCCUCGACCACGACCAGCCCAAGGUCAACACCAAGUUCUGCUACCGUCACCGACCAGAUCUGAAGUGCCGUCGCCAAGCAAACGAGCCGUCAAUGGAUCAGCUACAGAACGAGUUGGCCACCCUGUCACAGUCCGAUCAGCAGGCCAUCUCCCACGUCUGGUCCCUCUUCUCCGCCGCGCCCGCAAAGCACCGGAACCUAAUGCUCCAGGGCAUCCUCACUCAAUGCUGCUUCCCACAGUUAUCCUUCAUCUCCGCCAACAUUCGUGAUCUGAUCAAGAUUGACUUCCUCGCUGCCCUUCCUCCCGAGCUCGGCUUCAAGAUUCUAUGCUAUCUAGACACGACCUCCCUCUGCAAGGCUGCUCAAGUCAGCCAAAGAUGGCGCGAACUGGCCGAUGACGAUGUGGUCUGGCACAAAAUGUGUGAACAGCAUAUUGACAGGAAGUGCGAGAAGUGCGGCUGGGGACUGCCUCUGCUGGAACGAAAGAGAUUGAGGAUUGAAAAGAGACAGAUUCAGCUGAGGGCGUCGGGCAGAGGGAUGAAUGAAUGGUCGCCAAAUAUCACACCAAUACCCGAAGACAGUUUGCCUCCGCCUCAACAAGCAGAGUCGAGCUCCAGCGCUGGAACGAAGCGACCACACGAAGACUCGCAAUCGCCGGAGAUGGUCAAGAGACAAUGCUCUACUUCGUCACAAGAGUCAUCUGUUGGUGUACCGGGCAACGAUGCAUACUUUGCCCCUAAAAGGCGGCCAUGGAAGGACGUGUACAAGGACAGAUUCAAGGUCGGCACUGCUUGGAAGUACGGGAGAUGCAGCACCAAGGUCUUCAAGGGUCACACCAAUGGUGUCAUGAGUCUGCAAUUCGACGAAAACACCCUCAUCACAGGCUCAUAUGACACCACAGUGAAGGUCUGGGACAUCAGUACCGGAGAAUGUCUUCGCACUCUGACUGGCCACACCAGCGGGAUAAGGUGUCUCCAAUUUGACAACACGGGCAAGUUGAUGACAGGCAGCCUUGACUCUACCCUUAAGCUGUGGAACUGGAAGAAUGGCAAGCUAUUGCGAACAUUCAACGCCCACUCUGAUGGUGUCAUCACGCUACACUUCACUGCGCGGUACACGGCUAGCGGUUCGCGGGACAGGAUGAUUCGUGUUUGGGACUCUCAAAAGCAGUCAACCUAUCUGCUUCGCGGCCACACUGACUGGGUCAACUGCGUUCGCAUCGACGAGCCAUCACGGACCUUGUUCUCCGCAUCGGAUGACCUGACGGUCAGGCUCUGGGAUCUUGACACCUUGGAAUGCAUCAGAGUGUUCGAAGGCCAUGUAGGACAGGUUCAGCAAGUCGUACCGAUGCCAGUCGAGUUUGAGAUGGACGACCUCAGACGGACGCCCGAAAAAGAUGACGAUGAAAGCAGUGUCAGCUCAGUCACCAUUGCAGCGUCGCACCAAGACAAUGCUCACGGUCAUGUUCUCAAGACAGAGCCGUUCUGGCCUAAUGACUGCGAGCGUCCAGCGCCGCCCCGAUACAUGUUCACCGGAGCUUUGGACUCGACGAUUCGGCUAUGGGACACCCACUUUCGUCCAUCCCAGCGCCACGAGCCCUGCCCGCAAGCAGGCACGGACUUUGAGAUCAUACCGACCGAUCCACUGACGAACUCACACAUGCCCCGUGCGCAAGCAUGUAUCCGGACCUUCUUCGGUCACGUCGAAGGCAUCUGGGCGCUAGCCGCAGAUCAUCUCCGCCUUAUUUCAGGCAGUGAGGACCGAAUGAUGAAGAUAUGGGACCCGAGAACCGGUAAAUGUGAGCGGACGUUCACAGGACAUCAAGGACCUGUGACUUGCGCAUGGCUCAGUGAUAGUCGUGUGGCAAGCGGAAGUGAAGAUUGCGAGGUGCGGAUGCUGUGCUUUGGAGAGUUGGACUAG